AUGGUCAUGUUGGCCCCCAUUCCCAGCCGCUCAGGCUCGGAACCUGUCGUCGUCGAGCGACAUACCCGUGGCGGUCGUCAUCUGUUCUAUCGCCUCGAGGUGAUUCAGCAACCCGAACGCGCCCGUGCAUGUGGCUCUGGUCCCAAAUCUUCUGCCGACCGCCGGCCAGUUGAUCCCCCGCCCGUUGUUGAGCUCCGCAUCUUUGAGGGCGGCCCUACCCUCGAGCAGUCCAAGGACAUCACUUUCCUCUACAACGCCAAUUUCUUCCUGUACGCCACCCUUGAGCAUGCUCGCGUCAUGGCUCAUGGCCGUGUGCACAACGCUGCCGCCAAUGCACCGCCCGUCUUGACCGGCAUGCCUGUGUCGGGUAUGGCCUAUCUCGACCGCCCUCAGGAGGCUGGCUACUUUCUCUUUCCUGAUCUGUCUGUGCGCCACGAAGGCCGCUAUCGUCUCACCUUCUCGCUCUACGAACAGGCCAAGGAGGACAAGGACAAGGAUGCCGAGAAGAGCGACCAGUCAGCUGUCGAGGCCGGAGAUUCAUUUGAUUGGAGGAUGGAAAUCAAGUCGAACGACUUUAUCGUGUUCAGCGCCAAGAAGUUCCCAGGUCUGACGGAGAGCACUGCCCUGAGCCGGACGGUCGCUGAGCAGGGUUGCCGUGUCAGGAUUCGCCGUGACGUGCGCAUGAGGAGACGCGAUGGCAAGGGUGCUGGUGAUUAUGAUAAUGCAGAGGAUGAGUACGCACGGAGGAGACGUACACAGACGCCCGAGGCUUCCUCCCAGUACCGCAACCGAUCGAUGAGCAGCGAGAGUGUCCAGAGGACUCCGUACCAACCCGACCCACAGCGCCGCCCCUCUGGAGCCGAGUACCCGCCUCCGCCUCCGGGCUUCUCUGGGUCGCAACCUUCUGGUGGACACCUGUCUUUCGGUUCUCACUAUCCCAGUCAGCCCUACCAGAGCCAGCACCAUGCUCAGCCCUCGUCCGUUCCCCAGUCGCCCUCGUACGCCCCGGCGCAACAGGCGUACCCUCCUCACCAGAACUCCUACCCGGCACCGCCUCCGCCGGCACCGGCACACGGUGCUUACCAGGAGCGCCCGCCAUCGCAGCACUACUCGACCACGGCACCGUCGCCCCGGAGGGACUCGUACCCCACCGACUACAGGCGCUCGUCGACCAGCACUUACCCUGCGCCGCCCACGCCUCACAGCGCUACAGAGCCCGAGUACAGGCCCGAGCCCGCUCGGCAGUACGCAGCCCCGCCGCCGUUGGCCGCCUCCACCCCGAUGGAGCCCAAGCCGGUAUCGCUACCGCCUCUCAGCACUGCCUUUGGCCCGCCGCCUUCGGACAGCAUGAUCCCCGCACGGGCGCCGCUGCCCAGCCCAACUAUCGACCGGUCGUCGUCGUUCAGCUACCAGUAUCCCUCGGCACAACCGUCAUUGCCGGGUCUGGGCAAGCGGUCUUGGGCCGAUGCCAAUCCGGUGUCUGCGCACAGCCCGUACACGUACAAGAACCACAGCCGGCAACCAGAGCAGACGGACGAAAUUGAGAACAUUGACGAUCUCGUGUGGAAGCGUGCCGACGGGUCACACCGCAGAGGCGAUUUACCCGGUCAGAUCCUGCAAUAG